AAAAGACGUUCUAAGUAAUUCUUAUAUUUAGCUGUUACCACCAAAUGCAUCAACCGUUAACCCUAUCACAAGACUUCAAACACUUCCUAAAAGGACAUCUUCAGUUCCUCCUAUCAAUGAUAAUAACGAUGUACUCACAACAAAAAUAAAGCAAUUACAUGAAAUGGACUUCAAAGACGAAAAGAAGAACCGACAGCUUCUGAUCCAGACUCAGGGUAAUUUAGAAGCUACCGUAGAAAUACUAUCACGCUCUAUACCACAACAUUUCAACUUUUCGUUACAACAGCAGACUAUGUCUGAUGAGCAGAAAGCCAUUCAGCUGUACAAGAUGGGUUUUACAGAUGAAAAUGCGAAUAUAGAUGCGCUUCGCCGUGGAGGAGGAAAUAUAGAUAUCGCUAUCACUAUUUUAAAAGAAGCUAAAGAUGCUAAUCCCCAACAUCCUAAAAAGCAAUUUGCACAAAACAAUUUAUUUUCGCUACCGAAUGCAAGUACGAAUAGCACUAACAGUAGUUUGAUCGAUACAAGUUCGUUUUCAGCUGCUACCACAGUAUCCUACAAUAAUAAUACUACCAAUCCUUUUGCAAAUGUACAACAGCCAUUAGGAUUACAACAGCAGCAACAGCAACUAUCAACUACUGAUAUACUCGAUGACCCAUUCAAUUUAAAUCGUAUGAAAGAAUGCAUGACAAUUAACAAUAGCAGUAAGUUCUCUUUUGUCACAUGAACUUCUUGACAUAAUAUAAAAACUUGAUAGUCUGAUAAGAAUGUUACUUUCCUGC